GUUUGUCUAUAACAAUUGAUGAAUCUUCUUCAGAAUUCAUAGCCUGUCCGUUUGCACCAACUCCUGUCUGGCAGUCCGCAACUUUGUUUUGAGCAGAACCGCCAUCAUGGGCUUCAAGUUGUCGCACCUUUAUACCCCUCCAAACGUUAACCCGGUCACCCUCAAAGCCCGAUCAAUACCCUUCUUCAACCCAGUGGAUAUCUAUGGGCGCGUGUUCUUCUUCUCCUGGUUCGGUUUCAUGAUAGCCUUUUGGGCCUGGUACACCUUUCCGCCUUUGUUGACCCAUACCAUCAAAUAUGAUCUUAACCUAUCACCGACCGAGGUUGCCAACUCGAACAUUGUCUCCUUGUGCGCGACACUUCUUGUCCGUCUUGUUGCCGGUCCCUUAUGCGACCAGUUCGGCCCUCGCAAAGUCUUUGGCGGCCUGCUUCUCGUAGGAUCUGUACCCCUUGGCCUAGCCCCACUCGUACACAACGCCGCAGGUCUCUACGCAAGCCGCUUCUUUAUCGGCAUCCUCGGGGGCUCCUUCGUCCCAUGCCAAGUCUGGUCGACAGGCUUUUUCGACAAGAACAUCGUGGGAACCGCCAACGCCCUCACCGGCGGCUUCGGCAACGCUGGCGGUGGCAUCACUUACUUCAUCAUGCCGGCGGUCUAUGACGGGCUCAUCGGGGCCGGGUACGUUCCCGGCCAAGCCUGGCGGCUCACCUUCCUCGUCCCGCUGGCCAUGGUCAUCACCACGGGCAUCGCCCUCAUCGUUCUCUGCCCGGACACCCCGACGGGCAAGUGGGCCGACCGUCACCUGCACGCCCAACCCUACCGCGACGCUCAAACGGACCUCUGCAGCCAGGCCGCCUCGCCCGAGUAUGACAGUACCACCGACACCGAAAAGGGCACCAUCGUGGACGUCCCCGGCCUAAUAACCGACCGCCCCAGCACCCCAGACCCGAAGCAGCCCCCCUCCCGGUCACAUUCACCCAACCACGACAAAUCCCCCACCAUCGCCAUCUCCUUCCCCAUCACCUUCGACCGCGACCUCAACCCCUCCCUCAACCCCCACCACGACUCCCACCAUCCCUCCAACACCACAACCCACCCCACAAUAACCCCCCCAAACUCCCCAACCCCCGCCACCCUCCUCGCCACAACCCUCACCCCCCAAACCGCCUUCCACGCCCUCACCUACCUCUGCACCUUCGGCGCCGAGCUCGCCCUCAACGGCAUCCUCGCCUCCUACUACGCCCAGCGCUUCCCCCACCUCACCCAGACGGCCGCCGCCAACUGGGCGGCGCUCUUCGGGUUCCUCAACCUCCUCGCCCGUCCGCUCGGUGGGGUUGUUAGUGAUUUGCUUUAUGGGUACUUUGGUUCCGGGGAGGAGGGGGUGGGGUUGUGGUGGAAGAAGGGGUGGGUUGUUGGGUGUGGGGUCGGGGCCGGGGUGGGGUUGGUUGUUGUUGGGGUGGUGGAUUCGGGUGGCGGUGGUGGUGGUGGUGGUGGUUCUUCCGGGGGUUGGGGCGGGGAGGGGGUGGUGUUUGGGUUGGUUGGGUUGGUGGCGGUGUUGUUGGAGGCUGGGAAUGGAGCGAAUUUUAGUUUGCUGCCGCAUGUGCAUCCGCAGGCGAACGGGGUGGUGGCGGGGCUGACGGGGGCGGCGGGGAAUCUGGGGGGGGUGGUGUUCGCGGUGGUGUUUCGGUUUAUGGAGGGUGGGACGGGGUACGCGAAGGGGUUCUGGGUUAUUGGGGUGGUGCAUUUGGUGGUGUUUGCUGCCGUGUGUUGGAUCCCGCCCGUGCCGAGAGGACAGGUGGGCGGACGGUGACGGACUUGAACUAGAUAGGGUAUGUUUACUUUGACUGUGUUGUUUGUUUGGUGAUGGGUUAUUUCAUGGCGAUUCGGGUUUGUCAUUGCUUGUGGUGGCUUUGGGGGGUUGGGUAUGAAACGGAGUUUGGUACAUGAAAAGCCACACUGGAUGAACAUGUGGUUGAUGAUUUAGACUCUAAGGCAAAACUUGAUUUAGUCUAUACGCUGGGUAGUAUGAAUUAAUGGAUAGUCGACGUAAUGCUAGCCCUACGCUGUCGGAUU